AUGCGGGUGCGGUUGCGGGUUACGGGCGAGCAACGGGGCGGGGCGCCCGAACGGGCGCGAGACGAGGGGCGCUGGGCGCGCACGGCGCACGCCGGCGCCGGCGGCCAGGGCCAGGGGAGGCGGGGCUCCGACGAGCCACCGGAGCGGCGGUGGAGCAGCGCGGGCAGAGCAGAGGCGAACGGCGGAGGCAAGGUUGCGGGCGUGCGGGCGGGGUCGCCGAAGGAGGGAAGGGCGUCGAGGCCGGAGUGGCUGGAGCGGGACGGCGGUGGCACAGCCCGCGGGCAGGGCGGCAAAGGGGGGGCAGUGGCCGCGGGCAAGUGCGGGCGCGCGCGGGCGGAGCGCGGUGACCGCGGGGGUGAGGGAGAGGGGCGGUCGCGGUCCUCACCGCGAUUCGUAGGGAACGGGGCAGUGGGGGUCGAGGGGGAUGGCGGGGACGGCGGCGUAGGGGAGGCAGUCCGGCGGGGGAGAGCGCUCCGGCGAGGCGGCAGCGUCCAGGUGCGGGGUGAGAACGACGCAGCGGAGGACGACGGCGAGGCGGCGAGCACGGCGUCGGGGCGGGUCCGACGAGCGGCGGGGUCCAGGCCAGCGACGGGCGACCCGGGCAGCGGCGGCGGUGGUCCGGCGCGCACGCGCGAGCCCCGAUCUGGAGGAGGGGAACGACGUGGGGGGGUGUGGGAUCGAGUGGGGAGUGGGUGCGGGGGCUAG